CCCUUCUUAACUUUCCAUCUAUCUCUGGUCUCCAGGGGUGCAGAACUGCAACCCACCAGCCCUUUCCCAGCUCCCCGGCCCGGCGCUCAGCAGCCUGGGCUGCAACACUUUCCCCCAGGACCGGGAAGGCGGGGGAGGGGGUUUGGAGGGGGCGGAGCUCGGCCUCCUGCUGCCGCCGCUGCUGCUGCUGCCGCCGCCGCCGCCUGCAAAGCUGUCGCCCCUCUCUCGGAUGCUCAGGCUGGCCAGCGCUAGACAGAUGGGUGCACCCCGGGCCUGACGGAUGAACAGUCGGGCAAGUGAACUCUCACCUCCAAACUGGCUCUGCGCCCGGCUGGGGCGGCGGCGGCGGCGUCUGCAGCCCCGCGGUGGGGGCAGCCCCCUCGGUCUCCGCCAGACUGCUGCGCGCCUCCUCUGCUCUUGGCUUAGUAAUUUCAGUUCCUGAACGCACGGAGCUCGCUCCGGGACCGGGCUGAGAAGGACCUCAGCUCGCUGGCCCGCCGGAGCCAUCGGUGUGGCGCCGAGAGACGGUGCUUGGGAUAUGCGACGGGGAGCCCCCGCCACAGCGCAGGCAGUGGCCCCGCCGCGCCGCGGAGCCGGGCAGAGCAGACUGGUUCUUCAGAGGAAUCAUCCCUGACUGUGUCAUCACUCUGAGCUCUGACUGCACUCCCCCUCCCCUACCAGUGGGAACACUACCCAAGAGAGAGCUCUGGAGUGCUCCUGACGAGAAAUUCCAUGGGGACUGUACCUGACCCUCUCAGAUCAGCUAAAACUUCCCUGAUUGCAGCUUCCGGAAAAGAAGAGGAUCUAGGAGAGCCACAGGCUGCCUCACCUCGGCAUCGACCAGCUCUCCUGUGUAAGAAUGCCAAUGGCUUUUCAGGUGCCCCUGCAGAGCCAGACCUCAGCCCCAGGGCAGCUGCCGAAGCCCUGAUGCAGGCUUGUGAGCAUGAGACCACCCAGCCAGGUAUGUCUUCUCCUGGUGUCUUCAAUGAAGCGGAGAAAGCACCUGCCACAUUCAACUCUCCCGGCAAUUCCCAGCUGCCAGGGAGCAGCCAGCCUGCAGCGCCAGCCCCGAGUUCUGCAGCAGGAAGGGAUCUUAUACACACACCAUUGACAAUGCCUGCCAAUCAGUACACCCGCCAGUCCAUCCCAGGUGAUCAGCCCAAUGCCAUCACCUCAUCCGCACCUGAAGAUUCCCUGAGGAGAUCACAGAGAACCUCAAAUAAAGAGCAACCUGAGAAACCAAGUUGUCCUGUGGGAGACAUCCUCAGUAACAGCAAAGAUCAGGUGUCCUGUGAGUUUCCUUCCCCAGAAACAAUCCAGGGAACAGUGCAGACUCCAGUGACAGCAGCCAGGGUGGUCAGUCACUCAUCCUCUCCUGUAGGUGGACCUGAAGGGGAAAGGCAGGGAGCCAUCUGUGACUCUGAAAUGAGGUCCUGCAAACCUCUAACUAGAGAACCUGGAUGUUCAGAGAACAAGCAGCCCUCUGUCACUGCCUCGGGCCCCCAGGGCACAACUUCUGUGACACCUCAACCAGCCCCUCUCACUAGCGAACCUUCGGCAUGUCCCCCAGGUCCAGAGAAGGUGCUGCUACCAGUACAGCAUCCGAUGUCAAGGUUCAAAGAAGCCAGUACGAUGACCAGCCAAGCUGAAGGUGAAAUCAAGGAAGUUCCCAGCAGGGCUUGGCAAGAUGCGGAGGUGCAGGCAGUGGCGAGUGUGGAGAGCAGAUCUGUCUCCACCAGUCCCAGUAUCCUCACUGCAUUUCUGAAGGAAAGCCCUGCUCCUGAGCAUUUCGAACAAGAGCAGCUGCGUGUCAUUUGCCACAGCAGUGGGAGCCACACACUGGAGCUCUCUGACGGCACGCUAGCCCCCCAGGAGUCCAGCCAGUGCCCUGGCAUCAUGCCACAGGUGCACAUUCAGGCAGCUGCAGCUGUGCCCACUGCUUUCCAAAGGGAAAAUAAACUAGUGAGCCUACCAGGUGGGGUCCUUAAAACCUCGUCAAUCAAUUUGGCCUCCAGUAAUGCCCAGCAUCUGUGUAAAGAAGAUGGGAGGUUAGCAGGAAUGACUCCAGCAGGGGAAGAAUCAACUGCUAAAAAGCUCGCAGGUACUAAUUCUAGCUCCCUGAAAGCUACCGCCAUUGACCAGAUUUCUAUCAGUGCAUGCAGUCAAGCUGAAACAAGUUGUGGAUUGGGGAAAUCUGAAACCAGGCCAUCUGAGUUUGCAGAGAAAACCACAAACGGCCACAAAACAGACCCAGGUUGCAAACUAUCUGACUCUUGUGGCUCUAUCAGCAAAGCUGACCAUUCUGGGAGCUUGGAUCCCACUAACAAAGAAGAUGCAAGGGAAAAGAAGCCUGCCUCUCCUCAGGUAGUAAAAGAAAAAGAGUCUGCUGGCACUGAUACCUCCGAUACCAAAACCCUACUGCUCAAUCCUAAAUCUCAAGAAAGUGGAGGCACAGAAUCAGCUGCUAAUCCUACACCCUCCCCAAUUAGGAAGAACCAGGAGAGCACCUUAGAAGAAAGCAGACAGACCAAGACAGCCACCAGCCUGAGCCUGCCAUCUGAUCCCAUGGGUGACUCCAGCCCAGGUUCUGGCAAGAAGACCCCAUCUCGCUCGGUCAAAGCCAGCCCACGCAGGCCCAGCCGCGUCAGCGAGUUCCUCAAGGAGCAAAAGUUAAAUGUGACAGCAGCUGCUGCUCAGGUAGGACUCGCUCCGGGAGAUAAGAAAAAGCAGCUCGGUGCAGACUCCAAGCUCCAGCUGAAACAGUCCAAGCGUGUCAGGGACGUCGUGUGGGAUGAGCAGGGAAUGACCUGGGAAGUGUAUGGUGCGUCCUUGGACGCAGAGUCUCUGGGAAUUGCGAUCCAGAACCAUUUACAAAGACAAAUCAGGGAACAUGAGAAAUUAGUCAAAACUCAAAAUAGCCAGACCCGGAGAUCCAUUUCCUCAGAUUCUUCUUCAAAUAAGAAGCUCAAAGGAAGGCAGCACAGUGUUUUCCAGUCCAUGCUGCAGAACUUCCGACGCCCCAACUGCUGCGUCCGCCCUGCCCCUUCUUCUGUGUUAGAUUGAAAGGGAGUAUUUAUGGGAGUUUGUGUAUAAAUUUACGGUAUUCACAUGUGUCCCUCUAUGUUAAAGCUUGCUUAGUUUUUUGCUGCAAGACUAGGAAGAAAAAGCAAGUAUUCGCUAUAGGAAAUUGCUAUUAAAAAUUGUUAGAUCCUUUGACCUGGAGCUCUAUAAACAAAAAUAUCAUUUCAGUUUGAAAGAAGGAACAAGAGAAGAGAAACAAGCUUCGCUGAAGGUUUGCAACCUUAAUAAAUUGAAAAUAAUACUCACUGGGUUUUAAAAAAUAUGAUGUUGUUUGUAGAAAUAGCAUUAUUAUUAUAUCAUUAUACAUGUAUUAUUUUGUAUUACUGCCUCAAUUUAGCACACAAUAGUAUUCCCAUUAAAAUCCCUGCUUCAUAUUGAAAGUAGCAAAAACACUAUUGGCAAAAACAUUGUUAUAAUUUCUAGUCCUAUUGCAGUAAGAGUGCUGUAAUCACACAAAUUUUAAAUAGGUGAUAAGAACCGGAAUGAAAAAAAAAAUGAGAACAAAUUUGACUCAUUCCUAGGCCAGACAACAUUAAAUAAAAGCAGUUAAAUGUGUAAAAUAUGAAAUCUGAAUUGAUGUUUGUAAACAUCUGCAGACAAUUCUUUUUAUAAACCUUCUUAAGGCUGUUAAUAAAUAUAAGAAAGUUAUAUUAGGAACAUUAGCUAAGCUUUUGACUAUGAAAACUGCCUACAUUAAACAUGGAUUUAUAUAGACACAUUUUCUUGCACUGAAGGGGCAAGGCGCCUCUCU